UUUGGAAGUUUGAAAUGUGUGUGGCAAAGUCGCUUUCAGUGUAAGGACGGAGCUGCCAGCAGAACAGUUUUUCAAGGCCACACAGGUCAGAAAAUGGAGAAGGUUAAUGUCGUUAUUUCGGCACCUAGUGGAUUCUGUGUGCUUUGCGGAUCCAAAACGAGUCUCGUGUGCCAUCGAUGCGGCGACUUUUAUUGUACAAAGAAAUGCCAGCUGAACGAUUGGCAACGCCACAGGUAUAUAUGCUUUUCAAUACCCGCUCUGGUGCAUCCACUGGAGUGCUCCGCUUUUGGCGUUAUGGAAGUACCCCCAAUGCCUGCCGCUCAACAAAUUGUUCACAAAGAAGCUGUCAAAAAUGUCGUCCCGGCAGUCUUUAGCACAGAUGAUGCCAGCAUAGAUGAAACAAAAGCCGAGCUAACUAAAAAAUCAAACGUAUCAGCAAAAUCAAUCCCUCCGAUAGCAGAUGGCGUUGCGUCGAACGGGAGUAUACAAGAGUGUGAUAAGACCAGCAAUACAUACGAAACAGCGAAAAGAAUUGCUAUCGCUAAGCCGGCAAACAGCAACAACAAUAACAGCUCAAAUGACAGCAUUUCAAAGAGAAUGGGUUUGAAAUUUAAAGGUCCGCCUCAUGUGGCCAUGCCUGUGAAUGGAAGCGUUGUUUACGUUACGGGCUUUCGGUCACCGAAUCGCUGCUUUGUACGCGACGCUGGUGAAGCCGCUGAGCAGGCACAUUUAGAAAUCUGUCAGAAGGUCAACUUACUGGGCAAGGAGCUGCCGGAACUACAGAAACUAAAGGUUUAUGGUUAUGCGCUGGCCGAAUACAAUGGACGGUUUCAGCGUGUCAAAGUAAUUGGAGUACGCACCAAUCAGUCUGCGCGUCUCCAAUACUUGGAUUUGGGCUUUGCGAAACCACGAAAUGGCGCUGAAAUGCGCGAAAUUAGCGACGAGCUAUUGGAACUGCCCUGCCACAGCUUGGAGCUGCAGCUUAAGGGUGUGCCAAACUAUGCAUUAAGCGAUGAACUAAAUGAAUUUCUUACACACUUCGAGGGAGAACGAUUUGUAAUAAACAAUGUCGGCAAUAAGCAAAUCGAAUUGGUGCAUGUGGAGACGCUCAAAUCGUUGAACAUGCAGAUACUCAGUUUUAGUUCAAAUAUGCAAGUUUUUGGCAGCCCAUUUGAUAAAAAGGCAACGCCUUUCAAGGCAGGCACUCAACAAAACAACAACAACAACAACAAAUUGGAGCUCGAAAUUUUGUCUACUACCGAGGAACUAAAAUUAGAAUCUAUUGUAAAGACGUCCCAACUAGACAAAAAAGGGGCUCAAUUGGUAAAAGCUAUGGAAGAAAAAUUGAAAAAGGAUCAAACAACAAACUCUAUGCAGGAGCAAGAUAAGGGAAUACUAUUUUAUGAAUUAGAUAACGAAUCAAAGAACUCUGAAGAGAAACCCAAAGAAAAUGUGCCAUUUAAUAAUGUAGCAGUGGAAACCAUUCCAACUUUAGCAUUUGAAUCUAGCAAAACGGAAAAUGACAAAACUGAAACGAUCGCAAAUUUAAAAAAAAUAAUAGAUAUAAAAACUCAAACCACUGUGAAGCCUGCAGCAACAGUUAUUGAUAACCAGAGUCCGAUCACAUCGAAAACUAAUGAUAAAACUAAUGUUGAACCUUUGCUAGUUGCUCCCUUUGAAAUGCGCCGUAUUAUGAUCAAGAAUAGGGAAGGACUCGAUGUUUUUAUUGUGGACAAUGCGAACGUUUCCCGAGGCAUUAUUGGCGCCUUCGAUAGCACAUAUGCGCGUGAUUUCUCCCAACUGCAUUCUCGUCUGUCGGAAUUCAAGGACUCACAGCCCUACAGACCUAUGCUCAAGGAAUACGUCAUUGCUAAGUUCGAAAACGAAUGGUAUCGCGCCAGGGUGACUGAAAUAAACGAGAAUCGGGUCAACUGCACUUAUAACGUAAUGUACGUGGAGUUUACCAAUGUAUCCACGGUUACCGAAGAGGAUAUCCGCCGUUAUCCAGCCGACUUGACGGUGCCCUGUCAUACCAGCAUUUGUCUAAUUGAAGGUUUUCCACAUCGAGCAACUAAGGCACAGAUCAACUUUUUGGAGGCGAAACUGCAAAUGCACAGCUUGUUGCACAUCGAUUCAGUUAGUUAUUUACAGGAUAUGGCAUUGAUUAAAUGCAAUGCCUUGAUCGAAGAACUUAAAAAAAUAUAAAACCACAGGAGAAAAUUACGUUGUCAAUUUACCAAAUUUUGAAUUAAUAUUUUUGUGCAAAUUCACAAAUAUUUGUAUAAAUUCUGCAAUCGGUUUGCUUCAAACUAGAGAUAUGCUGGCCGCGUAUUUUUUUCGUUGCCAUAAGUAACAAUUUGUACAUAUCUAUUAACCAAUAAAAGUGACGAAUUGUUAAACUAACAUA